CAGCGCCCGGCCCCGCGCCCACAACGCCCGCACCCCGGAGAUGCCGCUGCCGGUGCUGCCGGUGCUGCUGGUGCUGCUGGGCGCCCCCGGCCCGGCGGCAGAGGAGCAUGGUCUGGAAAUAAGCAACAAUGGCCCCAUUACAACGGGAGCUCAAGCCACAGUUCACGCCAGUCUAAGAAUGAAGAAUGACAGCAUCACGUCGAACUGGUAUCACUUUAACUGGAUUUAUGCUCCUCUGAUUCUGAUGGAGAAAUCCGAGCAGCAGUUUAGCUCCGUGAUCCAUGUGACCGGUGAAUUUCCUGGGACUUUUCCUGUAUCUGUCUGGGUGACUCACAGAAACUGCUGGUUGUGUCGGCCGGUUGCUAGAAAUGUCACCGUGCUUCAGAUCACAGAAUUUAUCACAGGGAAUCUUACCAUUGCCCAGAUAGAAGACAGCAGAUUGAUCACACAGGAUUCUAGUUCCUCCACCGGCACUGUGACCCGGAUUUCUUUCUGUCUUCAUGACCCAAGCCAUUACUUCAAAUCAGCAUCGUUUGUCUACAGCUGGGAUUUUGGAGACGGGGUUUAUCAGAUUACCAAGGAACCCUUUGUCUACUACAACUACUCUGCCAUGGGGAACCGCACAGUGCACCUCAAAGUCGUAGCUGAAUGGGAGCAAACUGGAAGCAUCAUACACGAAAGAGAAACAGUGCAGAAAACUGGUGAUUUUACCACUGCCCUGGGGCUGCUGGAUGCUGUUAAAAGUGUUAACGUAGUGGGCUCCAGAGAGACCCAUGUAAUGGAAAACUUGAGUUUAUCUCUUCAUAUCAACGGCACCCCGCCGCUGGCUGUCUGCUGGCUCAUCAGGUCCCGCUGCGUCCCGCUGGAGGGUGAGGAAUGCCGCCUGGUGCCCCUCAACGGCUCCUGCUACACCCUGCAGCACAGCUUCAGCGCGGCGGGACGGUACUGCCUCAGCCUGCGGGUGCAGAGCGGUGCCACCACCCUCCAGACCUACCGGCACAUCCAGGUGUGGCCUCCAGGGAUCCACCCGGCUGUCUUUGUCCUGCUCUGCGUGGCUCUGGUGUCAGUGAUGCUGGGACUGGUGCUGUACACGACCUUUCGAAGUAACACACAACAAAAAGAUCUGGUGGAGGUAGCUGACUUUGACUUUUCUCCACUGGCUGACAGAACCCUCUCUUCUCAUUCGGAGUCAGGCUGUGGCCAAAUAUGUUGCAGAUCAUGUUUUCUUCGGUCAUCUCAAGAAGCUGCCAGCGAGAGUCACGAACUUCUACAUUCUUUUUACAAGCCAGUCAAGACGUACACAGUGUGAAGGACACAACUGCACCUCGGUUGCACUAACUGCCCAAUUUAAAUUUCUCACUUAGGACGAGUUAAAAGCCCAGUGCUGCGUGAAUGGUUUGCCCUUGCCCAUGCAACGAGGUUAACCACUUUGAGUCCAGCACUUGAGUGCUUCAUUCUCUGAACUAAAGAAAAGCAAGGCCUCAAACACAGCUUUGUAUUUUUAAAUUAUACGGGUGUAUACAGUUACAGCUGUAAACGCAGCAUUUUAUUCUUA